AUGAAGUAAAUCGUAGCCUAAAAAAGACCCCUAAAAGGCCGACCUGAAUAAAAUCAAUGAUGAAUAUCAGGUACAAUAAAGCAGGAAAUGAAGAUCUACAGGUUAAAGAUCCUAUAACAAGCCCAAAAAGAAAUUCUGACCUUCAAUCUUAUGCCAAAGUGAAUCUUAACCUUCCUGAAUUUCCCAAUAAAAGGAUUAUAAGAAAUGCUGGAAAGAAAAUGGUUUCAAAUUAUCUAAACCAUUUUUCUCCAGUGCAUAAGCGGCACAAAAAGCUGGAAUUAGUUAACUCAAAAAAUGAGAGAUACUUUAGCCCCUCUUCCUGUAUUCAUUCCGGCAGAAAUUCCUUCAUGGGGGUCCAAUGAUUCACCUCAAGUGGUAUCAGAAAGGAACAAAGAGAUACCGGAGGAAACCUGUUCAAACAAAGAUUUGGCAACAUCCCGUCUUCAUUUAUUAAGCAGCAGUUCCCUGAUUUAUUUAAACCUAAAGUUUUUGACUUUACUGAAGAGAGUUCGCAUAAUUCAAUGAAUCAAAAGAGACAAGGACUAAAUGGGUUUAAAAAUGUUCUGAGAUCCUCUUUUCAUAGCUCUUUGAAAAUUUCUAAAGUGUCAAAGAAUAUCAGUCCCAAAAUAAAUGAAAGCAACCAUCUCCCUCGAGAGGAGUUUAAAGUUUGCUUCUGAUCUCCUAAGAGCAAAAGGAGCUCAAUAAAAAGAGAGGACAUAAUGCUUAAAGGAGGAGGUCAUCCUUUUAAGAAUUCCUUCCUUAGCACAAAACUUGAAGAGCUAAAAAGAACCAACCUAGGGAAGCGGAAGAACAUAAGAAGUCCUGGGGGUAAGCCGAAGGUAUUAUCCCAGUUGAAUAAACUGUUUCCAAAAGCUUUAUAAAUUAUGUUAUAAAU